AUGGCAGAGGACUCUGCCAGCUUCAGCGAUCCUAAUGCGCUCAGUCCCCUCAUCUGCCGGACAGAAAGUGACCCGCGCCCGGUAGUGGUGAUGACCUGCGGAAUUGCAGGGUCGGGCAAAUCAUCUAUUUCGAAGUGGAUUCAGUCAAAUCAUCCAUCCUUUCAACGCCUCUCCAUCGACUCCUAUAUCUACAGCCAUCACGGUCUCUACGGGGUAGAUUUUCCGAAAGAAAAAUACAACGACUAUCAAGAAGAAGCCGCCACAGCGUUGCGCAGUGAACUCGCGCAGCUGGUGCAACAAGGAUCCCGGGACGCCAUUCUCGACUUCGCAUUCGCCUUCCAAGAGACUCGCGAUGAGUGGAAAGAUCUGAUCGAGGAAUCAGGCGGGCGCUGGGUGCUCGUCUACCUGGACGUGGAACCGGACGAGUUGCGGCGUCGCGUGCGGGCCCGGAAUCAGCUCGCGGUGAAGGAUGGCGAUUCGGCAUUCUUGGUCACGGAAGAGACGCUGGAGAGCUUCAUUCGCGGCUUUGAGAGGCCGAUCGGGGAGGGCGAGGUCGUCUUAUGUCUUAAUGAUUUAUGA